CCCGUCCGCGCCGCCGAGGAGAGGCCGCGCCGAGCGGGGCCGGGACGGGAGCCAUGAGCGACAUUCGGCACUCGCUGCUGCGGCGGGACGCGCUGAGCGCCGCCAAGGAGGUGCUCUACCACCUGGACAUCUACUUCAGCAGCCAGCUGCAGAACUCGCCGCUGCCGCUCGUGGACAAGGGCCCCACAGAUCUGCUCGAGGAGUUCCUGUUCCAGGUCCCCAAGGAGCGCGGAGCGCCGCCCAAGAGACUGACCCCACUUCAGGAACUUCAGCUCCUUGAGAUCAUGUGCAAUUAUUUCCAAGAGCAGACCAAGGAUUCAGUCCGGCAGGUCAUCUUUUCAUCUCUCUUCAGCCCCCAGGGGAACAAAGCAGAUGACAGCAGGAUGGCUCUGCUGGGGAAGCUGGUCUCCAUGGCAGUGGCUGUCUGCAGGGUUCCUGUGCUGGAGUGUGCUGCCUUCUGGCUGCAGAGGACCCCAGCUGUGUUCUGUGUGAGGCUGGCCCGAGCCCUGGUCGAUGACUACUGCAACCUGGUGCCAGGCUCCAUCCAGACCCUGAAGCAGAUCUUCACGGCCAGCCCUCGCUUCUGCUGCCAGUUCAUCACAUCAGUCACAGCUCUCUACGACCUCUCUUCAGAUGACCUCAUCCCUCCCUCGGACCUGCUGGAGCUGAUUGUCUCGUGGAUCUUUGAGGACCCUCGCUUGAUCCUCAUCACCUUCCUGAACACUCCCAUCGCAGCCAGCCUGCCCAUCGGCUUCCUGGAGCUCACCCCGCUCACCGGCCUCAUCCGCUGGUGCGUCAAGGCUCCCCUGGCCUACAAGAGGAAGAAGAAAGCCUCUCUCUCCAAUGGACACGCUCCCAACAAAAUUGCCAAGGACUCUGCUUCAGGAGAAGACAGGGAUUGCCACCAGCUGUACUCCAAGCUGCAUCUGAGUGUCCUGCAGGUUCUUAUGAUGCUCCAGGGGCAUUUGACAGAGAAAAACCUUUAUGGGCGCCUGGGGCUGGUACCCUUUGACCACGUGGUUCCUCUGGUGGAGGACAUUAACAGACUGUCUGAUGAACUCAAUCCUCUCAAUGCAUCCAAAGAGAUUGAACUUGCUCUGGACAGGCUGGCUCAGGCUUUGCAAGUGGCCAUGGCAUCAGGAGCUCUCCUGUGCACCAGAGAUGACUUGAGGACUGUGUGCUCCAGGCUACCACAUAACAACCUGCUCCAGCUGGUGAUUUCAGGCCCGGUGCAGCAGCCGGCGCACGGGGCGCUGCCGCCGGGCUUCUACCCGCACAUCCACACGCCUCCGCUGGGCUACCCCGCGCUGCCCGCGCACCCCGUGCAGACCUUCAUCCCGGGCAUGAGCUUCCCCUACCGGCCCAUCCGCUAGCCCAGCUGUGCCCCGGCUUCCCUGAGUGCCAGGAAGCCCCAGAGACAAAACCCAAAGGCCCGGGAAGCGCCUUUUCCUCUUCGGAGCGAAGCUGAGCUCCGCCCGCGCCCUCGGGCCGCGGUGGGGCUGGGCGUGGGAUGCAGAUCCCGGGACAAAACCAGGGCAUGGCAACGGGAAACAUCGACUCCAAACCUCUGCAGCGUGUGGAAGCUUCUUUGGUGUUCCUCAACGGUGUUCUGCAGCAGCCCGGAGCUGUUUGCAGCAGGGUGAGCCCGGCUGCUCUGGCUGAGGGAGGGCCAGAGGGGAAGGCCUUGUGUGAUUUUUUUUCCAAGCUAUUCCACUCCAGCCUGCUUGUUUCUUUGUAAAUGUUUGUAUCUAUAGCUACAGAGUAUGUGUACACUGUAUAUUUUUGGAAAGGCAAACGUUUGUUUCUGAAGCACAAGGUAGAGUAAAGCAGCACUUCCUAUUAAAGGAAACAAUUUAAGAAGCA